CAGGCCGGUAAUAGGGCCAAACCCUGCACUGUUUCGCACUAAGAAGCACAGCAACACAACACGAGCUCAUGCAGAUACACUCGGGCACUCACAAGCAUCUGAGAGGGGCAGUGACAAGGAGAAUCGAGCGUAUACGGACGCAGGGGUUAGUAAAUUCGAGUCGAAUGUGAGCUAUUUGGACGAUAUGAGCAAGAAACGGAGCGGCAACAAGCCGGGGCGUGGGAGCGAGGGCAAGCUCAGAGACGGUGUGUGGGAUAGUUCUAAUAAUAGACACGGGCAUAAGCCAAACAAGAUAGGCGAGUUACCUACCAAGCGGCAGAAAGCGCCGCGUUUGCCGACGAGACUGGACACGGGCACAGAGGAGAGUGUGAAGGAUGUCUUUGCUUUUACUGAACCCAACGAACCGAAUAAGAGGAUCCAAAAGGAAAAGUGGAUCAAACCACAGUCCAAGAAGAUACCACAAGUAAGGAGCAGCAUGGAUCAAAGACAGAGGAUCAAGCAGACAAAGGAGCGCGAGAAACAGGCAUAUAUAGAACAGGGUGCGGAUGCAUUAAAGCGGAUCCGAGAGCAAAGGGGGAAAAAGGUUUUGGGUGUGGCUGCGCGGCGUCAGAUGCAGGCCGACGAGGAGAUACGCGCGGCAAAACAAAUAAAGAAGGACAACUACCAAUCGAGCAUCCUUGAGUACAAUCAAAAGAGCAAGACACAGGCUAAAACUAGGAGGGAACAUGUCAACAAUUUUAAUUCAAGCGUCAAAUCAGCCAAAACCAAACGAGGGGCGCCACUCCUUACAAGCUCAAAGAGAGAGAAGAACCGUGCAGCAACCGACAGUGAUGGAGCGAGCAGUGACGAUGACUUCGACAGCGAUAGGAGGUCUUCCACGGGGUAUGCUUCUGGUGCACCUUCAUCUGAAACCCGGGACCGGUCUAGAAGUGUCAGUGGAGAGGGGAACAGGAGCGACAAUCAACCGGCGAGGAGAAGGAAUAGUCUGAGAAGUGCAGAUAGUCCGACUUCGGAAAGCGAGACUAAAAGUAAGAAAAACGGGACAACUGCAUGCAGUACGGGCACCAUGCGAGAUAUAUUUAAUCAUAGACAGAAUCCGAGUAGGAGGGGUGAACAUGCACGAAAGGAGCCGAGUAGUAAGAGUAGGACUAGAACUUCGGGUUGUGCAUUGGAUAACUCCGAUGACGCUAGCGAUGCUGGCGGGGAGAUCUUGGAGCUGCCCAAGGACAGUGGUAGGGGGAAUAUUGAGCGGGGAAUGGAUAGUCCGUCACGAGAAAAGAGAAACGCCUCGGACAAGAAAGAACCCGGCGAGAAAUACGAAGACGCGGAUGGUGUGUUUGACCCAAUGGACCCUGGGGGAGGCAGUAGUAGUAUUGAACAGAUAGGUGAGCUUAAACCGCACAAAAAGCGACCGAGAAAGGACUUCCCCGGGAGUGGGGAGGUGACGAGUGAGGUAUCACUUGAUGAUACGAAGCACGAUAAUGAUAAGGAGGGCGUGAACGAUGAGAACGGGGAUGGGGACGUGAGAGAAGUAGUUGUACAGCCCAAAAGUGGGAAGAACAAGGUGCAGAAGUUUCCGGACUUGUCCGAUAGUGCUUCGGCUAUGGAUAGGGAUGGUGUUGCCGGUGAGAAGGAGGUUGAUAUACAGGUGAAAAGCCGGAAGAAGAAAUCGCAGAAGAAAUUACCAGCCAUGCCCGACAGUCCGUUAGUUGCGAGUGGGAUGGCUUCGGAUGUAGAGGUUGACGGAAAGAAUGUUAAGGACGACCAUGAAAGUAGCGAUGCGAAUGAGAAGGAGGAAGAUGUACAGGUGAAAAGCUGGAGGCGUAAGGCGCAGAAGAGGUUACCUGAUAUGCCCGAGAAUGAGUUGAUUGCGAGUAAAGAGGCAUCGGAUAUAGAGGGAGAUUGUGGGAAGAAUACUGAUGAGUAUGUAGGUAGUGAUGCUGAAGAGAAGGAGGAUGUUUUACAGCCCAAAGAACGAAAGCGUAAAGCGCAGAAGUGGUUACCUGAAAUGCCCGAGAAUGAGUUGAUUGCGAGUAAGGAGGCAUCGGAUAUAGUGGGAGAUUGUGGGAAGAAUACGGAUGAGCAUGUAGAUAGUGAUGCUGAAGAUAAGGAGGAUGUUAUACAGCCCAAAGAACGAAAGCGUAAAGCGCAGAAGUGGUUACCUGAAAUGCCUGGUAGUGAGACAAAACUGAAUGAGAGCGCUGAUGAUGUGAGCAACCAAGAGAAGACCACCACUACGAGGUCUACACGUGCGGUCAGGAGAUCCACGACCGAAACGAUACCCGAAACGCCCGGAAGUGGACCAUUAUCGAGUAGCAAGCUCUCCGGUCGACUAUCACCGAGUGGCGGCUCAGUGGGUACACGGAGUUCCGGGAGAAGGGGAUCUACCACCACGAGUAUGCCAACCAAAACUAUAGACUUUAAAUCGGGUGUGCUGUCCCGUAUACGAUCUCGCAGAAAUGUAGAGACCAGCGACCCAGAGGAAGAGAAACCAAAGGGCAUGACUUCAAGAGCAAGGAAAAGGACCGGUCUCAAAUUUACGGGUUCAGGUGCGGUCAGUGUUGCCGGUACGGAUGUGGUCGAAGCUACGAACGACACACCUGUAGUUGACGAAGAUCCUGGGCCAAGGAAAAGGUUAAAACGCGUCAGUGGUAAAAUGACAACAUUGCCUGAGUCGCUCGAUGCCCCGGCGGAGAAUGAUGAAGAUAACGCGUUACUCAAGAUCCCCAAGAAGAAGCAGCGCAACGGCAACAAGACUGCCAAACCAAUUUCUGGAGAGCUCAGCGAUCUCGGUGAUAUGGACAGUGACGAGGACAAACCUAUUUGGAACAAAUCGACGAACAGCAAACCACAGGCUGGAGGUAAG